GUCAAACAUCCGAGAAUAUAAAACCUGGGCCUCUGUUGCCCACUGCUCACAAAAGGGAUUUUUCACAAAGAGGAGGCGCAGCGACAAUGCGGACGCCUGUUGUACUGUUGGUGCUGCUGGCGGUGGCUUCACACACUGUGGCAAAGCCCAAAAACCGCUUCACUCGCUAUCCAUCAUGGAACACUAAGAUGUACCCAGUCUGGAAAGAUGGAGACCCGAGAUACAAAGACUCCUGGAAAGGCGGAAAAGUGACCUUCAAUGUAGAGAACGAUUCACCAACUCUGACUGGAGCCAAAGUGACCUUCACCAUUGACUUGGAGUUCCCACACAACCAGAAGGUGCAGCCUGACGGAGACGUCGUGUGGGCCGAAGACUGCAUAGUCAAUGGAACAAAAUUCCACGAGUCUGAGCCGGUAUACCCGACACAGAACACAGACUGGGAAGCUGUUUUUCCUGACGGGACACCGAUUAAGAAGGACAAGAAUCCGACCUAUGUGUUUGUCUGGAAGACCUGGGGUCAGUACUGGCAAGUGGCAGACGACGCCUCCUCCUCUCUGACCAUCGGUACAGACGACAUCCCACUGGGCUCCUACACCAUGGACAUUGUUAUCUACCACUACCGGAGCAAAGAGAAGUUCAUCCCGCUGGGAUAUGCCUCCGCUCAGUUCUCCAUCACCGAUCAAAUCCCUUUCGCCGUCUCCCUGGACCAGGUCAACGACAUCGUGGCCGGGGACCUGCGCUUCAUCCAGAACAGGGCGAUCGCCUUCUCCAUCACCCUCCACGACCCCAGCGAGUACCUCAGCAAUGCAGACAUCACCUACAACUGGGACUUUGGCGAUCAAAGUGGAGCGCUCAUAUCCAGAGAGCUGACCGUCACCCACACCUACAUCAGCUCCGGCUCAUUCAAGCCUCAGGUGGUGAUCCAGGCAGUCAUCCCGGAUAAGGCCUGCGAUCCGCCAGUUGAUACCCCGACCAAGGCCCCCGACACCACAGUGAGAGCUCCUGCACUGGCAUCUGCCCUCCCUCUGCUGGUUUCCACCAAGGCCACUGGUCUGAGUGUCAACAUGGCGCCUUCAGACGCAGAGGAGGACAACACUGAGGAUGAGGCCUCCACUGCCUCCGCUGCCUCCGCUGCCCAGGAAACGCCCACAGUGGCCAAGACCCCCUCCCCUGUCAACCACGACACGCCAGCCGACUCUGAUGCAGCGACGGGGCUCGCGGCAGGUGCAAAGCGAACAAUGACCCUGACAGGCCGAGCGACAGUGGUGGUAGUUGCCAAGAGGGAUGCUGAUGAUCCGCCCUCCGACGACGACUGCGUGAUUUAUCGCUACGGCUCCUUCUGCACCGGCAUCGAGGUGUUUGAGGGCAUUGAAAAAGUUGAGAUAACACAAAUGAACAACGCUGUUCUGUCAACCCCAGAAAUGGACAAAAACGUGUUGGAUAUCACCGUUACCUGCCAGGGAAGCCUCCCUAAAGAGGUGUGCAGUGUGAUUCUGGAUGCGGAGUGCUUGAAGCCGAUUCACACGGUGUGCAACAUGGUGGAGCCCUCCAAGGAGUGCCAGCUGGUGCUGCGUCACUUCUUCAAUGACUCCGGCGUCUACUGCAUCAAUGUGUCCAUGGCCAAUGAUGUCAGCUUAGCCGCCGCCAGUGCCAAAUUCAACGUCGAGAUGGACUCCGGUGUUUCCUCCUCUGGCAUUAUCGCCAUGUUGCUGGGUGUCCUGGUGCUUGUUCUAGUAGUAGGAAUAGUGGCAUAUUCCUAUAAGCGCAUCAAGUCCUACCGACCUCUGAAGGAGGACCUGGUUGCGUCCGGAGGCCGGCAGCUCGGCCCGGCUCAGAGCUUCACCGGGGCCUCGACCUUCUGGAACCUCCUGAACAGACGGGGGACCAUCGACAACUGCCCUCUGCUGCAGGACAGGCCGGUGUGAGCCGUCAGCAGCCUGACACACCCAAGUACAUAAAACCAAGUGGCAUCUGAUUUACAGGUGACAGGCGCCUGGCAUGUCUUUUUUAUACUACAUUUAUCUUUUAAUCAAACCAUGUACUGGAAUUACACCGUAGAUAUACUGUGAUCUUUUGUACUGACUUAAAGCACAUUUGAUAAUAAAAGUGUCUGCUUCAA